GCUCCCUCUCUCUCUCUCUCACUGAGAGCCCCCUGUUGUGUCGGUGAAGGGACUCAAUGUCACAGCACCGGGCCGAGGGGCCGAAUGGCUUCUUUCGGUCCAGGAGAUGGCGGAGACGGCUCACCGCCGCAGCCGGGUCCCAGCAAGGCCCCGGUAACCAGGGGCAGGCCCCGAGCCCCGAUCCCCGGGGGGCGGUGGGAAUUACCGAUGCUCAGUCCUCCCUGAAGUCCGCGCCGCCACAGCGCCGCCAUCGCUCCGCGGGUCCUUCCACAGCGGGCGGCGCAGGGUGAUGACGUCGGAGAGAGGGGGCGGGGCAACCGAUACAGAGCCAGCGCGAGAGAGGGAAGGGCUCAGAGUCUGUGCUCCCAAUAAUUGAAAGUGUGUGUGAGAUUCUCCGAGAGUGAUGGAUCAGUUUGAUAUCCGGACAGGCCACAAUGUGGCUGUGAUCUGGGACUACUCAGCCUCUGCGGAAUCACAGACCAAGCUAGUGCAGGAUAUUCGAGCAGUCACUGGCCAAUCAGGCUAUGUGGCAAUGGAAAACAUCGAUAGACUACAGAUUUCUGCCCAUAGACAAUCCACCUUUGACCUUGUGCUGUCAGGCAUCGUGCGAAGCUCUGCCACCGUGCACAGUUUUGAAAUCUUUGCUGAAGUCGCUCGAAUCCUGAAGCCUGGAGGGAAGUUUUACUUCACAGAGCCCGUAUGCAAAUCAGGUAACUCCAGACUGAAGACGGGCUCACAGCUCACCUCCAAACUAAAACUUGCUGGCUUUACAGAGAUCACUGAGAUACAGUCUGACCCUUUAACAGACGAAGAACUGAAUUCGAUAAAACAAUUUGUUGGCUACAAGGGUAAUGAUUUGACUAAAAUGCACUUGAGUGCGAAGAAACCAAACUUUGAAAUUGGAUCAUCCGCUCAACUGAAACUAUCAUUCGUAAAGAAGCCAAAAGUAGUAGAUGAGAAACCGCAGCUGGAUCCCAGCACGAGGAAGGCUUGGACCCUGUCAGCCACUGACAUGAAUGAUGAUGAUGUGGAUCUUAUUGAUUCUGAUGAACUGCUGGAUGAAGAUGAUUUGAAGAAACCAGACCCUGCCUCGCUCAGAGCUAUGGACUGUGGAGAUGGCAAGAAAAAGAAACGGGCCUGUAAGAACUGUACAUGUGGGCUGGCUGAAGAACUGGACGGCAAAGGAUCCACGGAUGUCAAGAAACUGCAGGUGAAAUCGUCAUGUGGAAGUUGCUACCUCGGUGAUGCGUUCCGUUGUGCCAGCUGCCCUUACAUGGGGAUGCCUGCCUUCAAACCCGGUGAAAAGAUCUUGUUAGCUGACCAGACUCUCACCGAUGCCUGACUUGUUUUGAGUGGGAUUUGACAUGUGGUGAUGCAGUGUGUUUCACCGGCACUACAAGCUCGUGGUAGAUAUUCUCUCUGAACUGAACUCUGGGCUGUUUGUUCUUCUGUUUCCAGCAGAGUGAUUGAGCUCUGCUUGAAUUGGGUAUCUCAGACAGAUGCAGCAGUCACAUUCUGACCAACACAAGGUUUAUUUGUAAUCUGUGUGAAGUGUUUUCUGACACCAGAGGAAUAAAUGUGACAUGUUUUACUGUUCUCUCAC